UCUGACUUGAACCUCGCGGUUAACUUGCCGGUCGUUUAUUAUUCCAACUUGGAAAAUUCAACAAACAACAUGACCACAAGUAAUAAGAUGUUGCUGUCUUGCGUGGUAGCGUGCAGCCUCGUUGCCAUGGCAACGGCACAAGGUAACGAAUACCUCCCGCCCAGCAAAGGAUACAACUACGAGCCACCGUCAGUGCCAUUCCCCACCAACAACAAUGGCAAUAAGCAACCAACACCCGGCCCGUUCAGACCACCGCCACCGACCCCUGGCCCAUACCGUCCCCCGGUGACCAGGCCCGCCCCACCAGCGCCGAGACCAACGAGACCGAACACCUACGUACCCCCUCCACCCACACCUAAUCACGACCACGACCACGAACACCACGAUGAGCACCACCACCACGAACCAGGCAUGCCGUUCGACUUCUCGUACGCCGUCAACGAGGACGGCAACGACUACAGCCACAACGCUAUAUCCGACGGCGAUGUCACCCGCGGGGAGUACCGCGUUGCUCUGCCCGACGGCCGCACGCAAGUCGUCAAGUAUACGGCAGAUUGGAAGAACGGAUUCAACGCUGAGGUCACCUACGAAGGCGAAGCCCGGUAUCCGGACCAGCAACCCGGUUAUGGAAGCGGCCCAGCGAGUGGUGGACAGAAAUACGUACCUCCGAGCCAAGGAGGCGGAUACCAAUACUAAUCUUACCACUCAAUUUGCCUGUAACUGGCACUGUAUCUACUUCUCUGAAAUUUUUAAACGCUUUCAAACAAAGCGACUAAAUAAAACCCUUAAUAUUUAUAGAAACUUACUUAUAACAUUUUGUUUUGUUAUAGUAAGAUUACUUUUCUUUUAUUAAUGACAAGAGAUUAUAGUUCCGCUCAAUGACAACUAAAUAUUGCUAUGAAGAGAAUCCAUCUGUACAAUACUGAUCAUAUUGACUACAACUGUUAGAAUAAACCCACAAUCAGAAUUUCAUUUAUUCAAAUAAAAAUUAAUAACAGUUGCAAGAGUAAUGUGAAUUAAUAAAAAGUAUAAAACACUUCAUCAUCCACGUCAUCAGUGGUUUUAGAUACCACUUAUGACAAACUUAACUUAUGAUAAACAUUAAAUUGUACUUUGCUAAUUCAAUACGAAAAAAAAAUCAUGAAUAAAAUAAUUGUUAAAAGUUGUCAUUAUAAGUGUGUCACAUGAAUUGAAACUUGAAAAGUUACCAUAUAGAGUUACCAUUAGUUUUACUACGUAUUUAAUUAAGGUAUUAUUAAUAUUACAUAUAUAUAUAUAUAUUAAGAAAAAGGCAAAGCACCUUUUAUUAGACCAAACUACUGAAAAUUUUAAAGGAGCAUUAUUAGAGGUAAGUACUGCUAAAUCUUGUAAAAAAAUGUGCCUUAAUGUUAUUAUACAAUAACAGAAUAUUUUAUAUAACAAAAGGAAUGUUAUAAUAUUAUGUAUAUAUGAUUUUUAUGAUUUUCAAUAAUUGAUUGAAUAGUUUUUUUCUGCAUAGCUUUAACUUCCAAAAGUUAUGUAAAGUUAAGAUACAUUAUAACAUUGUUAAUUACCCUUAAUAUUAUAAGAUAGGUAAAAGCAGUAACAUGUGAUUUAAGUAAUAAAUUCAGACGAAACUAAUUUAAGUGAUGGAAAUUAUAUCUCAUUAUUUAAUACUCAAUUUCAUAACUGGACAAAGUAUAUUUAUUGUACCUGUAGUUAAAAAAAAUAUUGAAAAAGUUGUUAUUAAAUGUCAUUUUGUACCUUCUUUGUAUAAAAAUAAAUAAGCUUUAUAAAUCAGUAUUUUUUAUUCAUAUUACUAUACCCACAUUGGAAGUAAUUUAAACACAACACCAACAUAAUCAUCAAACCAAAAUAAUAUAAAUAUGGCAUGUGAAGAUUUACAAAGAAAGUACUAAAUUAAAUGGCUAUUUUAUAAAGACUAUAUUAAUUAAAAAUGUACAACAACCUUCUUUAAAAAGUUCAUUGAAACAAUAGAACUUCUUUCUUCUUCCUCUUCAUAUAAAAAUAUAUUAUCACCUAUUUAAAAAAAACACACAAAAUGAAAUCACAUCGCUAAGGCCCGUAUUACAGAAUGACAACCAAGUGUUGAUCUUUACUUGAGUACAUUUAGAAAGUGAUAUUGCUAUGUAUAUAUAGCGACAUCCCUUUCUAACUAUGCUCAAAACUAGAUCAGUCACUGAGAAUCUUUCUAUAAUACAGACCUUAGUCUACAGUGCAGAUCUAAUAGGAAUGUGCAAGUGAAGGUUGAAAUGUAUCAGAUAUAUUGCAUGUUAACAAUUACAGAAAUCCUCUAUAGUAAAAGUAAUAUUGAACAGUACCAUACUUAGUAGAGUUACUCAAUUUUUACCAACACCAUGAUGUUUCUUUAAGUGUGUAUUGAGUUCACUGUUGAAACUAAAUUUUUUGUCACAUAAUACACAAAUGACACUUUUUUCCAUAUGUUUCCUUUUGAAAUGUGCUGUUCUACGGCUUGAAGUGACAAAGUUUUCCUUACAAAUUUCACAUUGAAACGGUUUCUCACCUGUGUGCAAACGUAAAUGCUCCAACAAGGUCUUUCUGUGAAAAAACUUCAAGCCACAUUGUUCGCAUGUCAUACAGCUUCUCUCAUUGUGAAUUAUCAUAUGUUCUAUGAGAUUACUGUUUCUGUAGAAACCCUUCCUACAGAUAUUGCAAAUAAAUGGUCUAAUCUUUAAAUGAAUUUUAUUAAUAUGCCCUGUCAAACUACGUUUAUUUUGACUUUUAAAGGAGCAUCCAUCACAUGAAUAAUAUAUCUUUGUGCGUUCCCUCUUUGCUGAAAAAUUUGGGUUGUGACUCUUUACAUGCAACUUAAAAUGUGAAUGAGAUUUAAGUACUUUAAAACAGUAUGGACAAGUACUUUCUUUGUGCGAUUUUAGGUGUGCUUUAAGCGUACUUGUCUUUUUACAGACUUUGCCACAAUAUUCACAAACGGCAGCCUUAUUUGAAGUAUUGUGUGCGAUUUUAGCAUGAUCUUUCAGCAUUUCUUUAGUAGGAAAUGUCAUAGGACAUCUUUUACAAUUUACUGCUUGAAUAGAUGAUGACAAUAUUGAUACCUCUUUUAAUUCUUCUUUUAUUAAUGACUCAUUUUUCAAUUCAACUACAGCUGCAUCUUUCUGUGUAAUUUCUUCAUGCCAAGGUAAUUUCAAAUUUAUAUACAAUUUAUUGAUGUGUGCAAAAUUUGAUUUCACCAAGUCAGUUUCAGUAUAUAGCCUUUCUGUAAUUUUACUUAGGAUUUUCUUUUUGAAAAGAUUUCUUUGUAAUGUUGUAAAUAUCUUCACUAGUAAGUCGACACACUCAAUGCACGCUUUAUUACUUAAUAUAUCCUGAAACUUAAAGGUACAGUUAUUAAUAAAUGCUAGCUUGGUCUGUAAAUUUCUAAUUUAUAUUAAUUAAAACCAGUCCACUCACAUAUGAAGGAAACAAAUAGGUUAUUAUAUCUUUUAAUUUCAUUUCUACUGUUCCAUAUUCAAUGAAAACGACAAAAUUCUGAAACAAACUGGACAUGUUAUCACAGAUUUUGAAGCAAAGAAAACAGGACGACUUUAGGUUAUUUGAAUCCAAAAUAAAUUUUAACAUAUCCAUGUCCGCUGAACUUCUUUAUUCAAUUAAAGUUUGUAUCAGUUUCAUACACAAAUCAACUAACAAUAUAAAAAAUUAACGCCAGUAAAGCAAAGAUUUGAAUCAUAAAAACUAAAAACUGCGGGCUAGGCUCUAGUAUUUUGCAAUGAUCUUU